GUCGCUCAAGUUUUCUGUAAAUUGGAAACGUUGCAUUGAAAGGCAUCAAUUGAAAUUACAUUGUCGCUAUCGAUUGUCGCUGUACGUGCAUGGUUGUUGUAUAUGAUCGCCGUAUAUCCACAUCACACAUGUCUUUCGUCCCUACUUAUAGUAUUACUCAAAAUAAAUAACUUAUUGACUUUUAAUUGAAAGAAAAAAUCUAUUUGAUCAUUAAAAUGUGAAGUAGUACUCCCAAUAGUAUUCUGUACACACACAGAGUUUAAAAUACAUUCCAGAGUAGAAGUUUUCUGUAUUUUAUGAUGGAGAACAAGGUCCUUAAAUAAAAAGCCAGCCUAUAAAAUUCUGUAACACAUACAACGGUGUUUCCAUUUCUGGACUGUACGCUGUAAGAAUGACGCUGACAAGGGUAAGUUGAUGUAGUAAUCAUCAAGUUUAUAUUUAAUUUAUGUUUAAUUACGUUUAGCAAUUUUACAGACGUUAUGACAUAUUUAAAUUAUCCGUUUUAUCUUGAAAAUUCUAAAAAUGCUAAUCUGAAAUUACAAUUUAUAAUUCUUAUGCCAUAGAGAAAUUCUAACAAUUUUAGAAUAAGAAUAAUGAAAAUGCUUAUUUAGCAGACCGAAUUCUUUUUUAAUAGAAUUCAGCUUCAGGGGUGUUGCACUUUUAAUAUAUGACCUCAUUUAAACUGAGUCUGCUAUUAUUUUGCUUGGUUGUGUUCUAUGCUUCCAAGACAUCAUCUUUUAGAUUUUAUUCAUGGAAUCAAAAGUAAAAGUAGAAUCCUAUGAAUCACAGUACAUCCAAUGUAAAAACACGCUUAUGUAUGAUAAACUAUCCUAGCAAAACACUGCUAUUCUUGUCACUAUUCGGGGUGUUUUAACAGGAUGGUAAACAUGUGUUAACAGUGAGAUUCUCGCCCUCAGGUGCUGUCAAAACUCAUUUCAUAUAUGAGUAUUCCGUGACAAAGCGUGAACGCAUUACGGCACAAAACGGAUAAUUCAAAAUGAAAUGACGUCAACGUGAUAAAACAAACAUUCAUGCGCUUUUCAUGAAAUUAAAUGGCGUUGCAUAUAUUAAUUUAUUAGUUUUUAUGCGUUUUAUGCUGGAAUAGCGUUAGCGCAUGUUCAAUCCGUGUCAUGAUAUCUUCAGAACCCCUCGGGAUUCUGCAAUGUUAGAACACUAAAAAACAAAACAACAACAACAAUAACAAAUAUCACUUCAAUCGAAAAUAAUCCUUCUUAAAACAUAUCUUAUUUCUUAAUUAAAUGUUCAAGUAAUUUUGUUGAAUGGCAUAUCACCUCUUAUUGUUUUCAGCAACGUCUGCUUUUAAUACUGGUUUCAUUAUGUACGAUGCCACCAGAAGGAAAUGGCCAGAUAGUAGAAGCAGAUAUGCCAGUAGAGCUGAUAGAAUGUUUCCAGUUGCUACGCAAUAAAACUGGUGACGUCAGUCAGACGUAUGAAACAAACGAAGACGUCAAUAUUCAAUGUCUAAAAGAGUUUCUAUGGAAAGAAGGAAGCGUACAAUGGAACAACUUCAACAUAACUGAGAAGGACAAAGGAUACAUAAAUUCAGUCAUUGACUCGCUUGCCCACCGCGGUAGGCAAAAGCGUUAUGCUGGACCAGCUAAGGGAACAUUUCCGAGGACUGGAUUCAGAAUCAGACGUGAAUAUCGAAGAAUCUCCGAUGGGGAAAGAUUUGCAUUGCACAGUGCAAUUAACCAGAUGAAAACAACAGGACGAUAUGAUAUGUUUGCCAACUUGCACCAGGGAAUCAUCGUAACUUCAGCUCAUGGUGGACCAAAUUUUCUUGGCUGGCACAGGGUCUACCUUGCUUUAGUUGAAGAAGAUUUGCGUAUGAUAAAUCCUACGAUAUCCCUACCAUAUUGGGAUUCGACCCUUGACUUUGAUAUGGCGGAUCCCGUUGAGUCAAUAAUCUGGACCGAGACGUUUCUUGGGAACGGUAACGGGUUUGUUACAACUGGUCCCUUUGCUAACUGGGCGGCGGCAGGUGGGCAAUUAACUAGAAAUAUAGGUGGUGCAAGUAGUCUAUUUUCAAAGGAGAUUAUCCGAAAAAUACUGACGAGAUGUCGUGUAAGGGAAAUAACAUAUCCUACAGCAAUGGAUGAGUUUAACUUAGAACUUUUCCAUGGUGGUCCCCAUGUUUGGGUUGGUGGUCAAAUGUCUGGUUUAAAUACAGCGGCACAUGACCCGGUGUUUUUCUUACACCACGCAUACGUCGAUUACGUAUGGGAGCUAUUUCGAAUUAGACAAGCGACAUUUUGUGGGGUAAAUCCAUCUACUGAUUACCCCCCUACUAUGGGUCAACACGCUGCAGAACGGCCAAUGGAUGGAUUUCCCCAGUAUCGAAAUAUUGACGGAUACCGCAGCUACUGGACACAGUUCUGGUACCAGUACGAACGUUCUCCUUCCUGCUCUAUGUGGCAACCUUUCUGCGCAAGUCCAUAUUUACGAUGUGACUUGGCACGUCAGCGAUGUAUAUCAGUGGCAAGAAUGGGACCUGCUUCUAUGGCAAGAGGUUUUGCAGGUAUUGGUGGGGCUGCUGGUGCGGCUGCUGCAGCGGCGUCACCUAGCUCUAUGGCAUCGGCAGUGCAGGCUCGUUCUCAGGAAUCAACUAUAGCAAUCGGUCCACGGUUCAAAGCACCACCUGCGGAACCGAGAACACAGGAUGCUAGAAUGGGAAUGGCGCCCGGCAGAAUGAGACGAUCUGUCAACAAAACAUUAGAUACAAGAAGACAUAAACCCGGAAAUGAGAAAACGUCCAACUUUCCAACACUUGGACCAAUGUUUAAAGGACCAACAUCUGACAAUCGCCCUAGAGGCUAUCGUAAUGGAGCAUUUACUGGAGGUGUCAUUGGGAUUUAUCAAGAUUUGACAAGAUCCGCAGCAAUGAAUGGAUCCCAAUUUCCAGGCUCUGAGUAUAUGCAGCUACUCCCUAUGCCAAAUUAUCACGAGACACCUUUAACCGACCUGCUGAGGCCGCCCGUCGAAAACACAUUUGUCCUCAAUGGACAUGUCGAUGUUGCACAAUGGGCGUUUAUCCCCGUUAGAGUUAUAUAUACUAGUGCCUCUGGAAAUCCAGUCUCAAAUUUUCUAAGAAGCAGGCUCGAAUAUUCACAACACCAGAUUAAACAGUCAUCAAUUACAACAGUGUCCGAAAUAUCGUCAAUAAGUCAGAGAUGUAUUCAAGACGAAUCUGGUGCAAUGCAAGUCAGAAUACAGUCCAAUGGGCUAAACUAUAAUGGAGACUACUCCGGUUAUGCCCUAAUUGACCGCCUUUUACCGGUUGACUCAGCUACUACAUAUAUUGGUAUAAAAUCUCCGGAGGUAGAGCAUACCGAAGUCAUCUUGUCUGCCGUUCACUCCUGUGGUCUGUUAUGCCAAGCUCAUUGUCAUAUACCUGAAUCAGUACCGGCUGCAUUUAAACCAUGUUCUGGGGUUUUGAAAAUAUCAAACAACGAUCCAAACGUGUACGGGCGCACGUAUGAGGAGGCAGGGUCUCGUGUUUGGCAAGGAGUACUUUCUGGUGGAGGGGUCCAGAAUGAAAACAUAAGACUUGUCUUCGAUUGCUCUAAUGUUGAUAAGUCACCAUGGUUUUCAGAUAAUGCGUCAUCCAAUGGCACAAUGUUCUGACUUAAGAAAUCAUAUAUGUAAGAUAGAUAUUGUGAAGGGAAAAUCAUUUUUAAUAAAUCAGCAUGACAAUGGAUGGCAACUUGGUCGUGUGUUUAAAAGACAACUAACUGACCGUUCCAAAGGUUAUUCGACAAUAUCAGAUCGACUAUGCCUUUAAUUUGCAACGUGCUUUGAUUUCCUUCAAAUCUUUAGCUGUAUA